AUGAUCGACCCGCAGCGCAGCGAUGCCGCACUGCCGCAAGCCUUGGUCGUGACCGAGCUGAUGGUAACUGGGAUGUGCUGCCAGAGCGAGGUGGCUCUCAUCCGCAAGAAGAUUGGCAUGCUGGACGGCGUCGUCGACCUCAAGUUCAACCUCAUGCUCCGCCGCUGCACCGUGACGCACACUGAAGAUCUGACGGCUGUCCAGCUCCUGCGGCCGCUGAACUGGGCUGCGCUGGGCGCAACGGUUCUACCACCAAAGGGAGCCGGUGGCGCCGGCAUUCAGCGAGGCGCUCUUUGCCGGCCGGGCUUGCUCGUGGCCUUGCUCAGCUUGCUCCUCUUUGGCCUCUCGAACGGCAUUUGGGCGCGUCCCGAUGGCACCGAGUGGUGGGAAGACCCAUUCUCGUACUUUGCACUUUCAAACGUGCUGCUUGGCCUGCCGAUCCUGCUCCGGCGCGCCCUCACCGGCCUCCUGCAGAGGCGGAUCAGCAUGUUUGCGACGAUGGCGAUCGCGUGCGUCGGCGCGCUUGUGCUGCUCGACCUCUGGGAAGCGAGCGCGGUCGUCUUCUUCUACAAUGCGUCCGAGUGGCUACAGCUAUGGUGCGUCCACCACACGGCUGCCGCGUCCGACAGCCUCGGCGGCCUGCUGCCAGAGCUUGCCUACCCGGCGGAUGGCUCAGCGAGCAAACCGCUCUCCGAGGUUGUCGUCGGAGAGCUCUUGCUCGUCAAGCCGGGUUCCGCCGUGCCGGUGGACGGCGAGGUUGUCGGCGGCUCGUCGGCCGUUGACGAGUCCAUGCUUACCGGGGAGGCGGUGCCUGUCGCCAAGCGGGAGGGCUCGAGCGUGUUUGCGGGGACGGCCAACCAGACCGGAGUCCUCACGCUCAAGGCAUUCCCCUUUCUCUAUCACAUCACGCUCCCGAACUGUGCGCCGGCCAGGAGAGUAAAAUUCUCAAAACCGCGAAGAGACGCCACAAGGUAGGGCCCGGGGAAGGGAGGGCGUGAGGGUGUCUGCUCUUACUGGCGUACUUCAGGUCUCGCGGCUGCCCGAGGACGCAACGGCGGCGCAGCUGACAAUGCUCGUGAGCCAGGCGCAGGGCGAGGGGACGCGCAGGCCCGUACUGGAGCGCCUCGCUGGCGUGUACACCGUGAUGGUGCUGCUGAGCGCGUUGCUGCUCGCGACGGUGGGCCGCUGCGCUCGCCCCUCGGGCAUGCCUGCUCCCUCAGCGUUCGCUCGCCCGCAGGUGCCGCUUAGUCUGUGCUCGUGGGGCGACGGCGACUCGCACGACGAAGAUGCGACGUGGACGAGCCGGUGGAUGCACUCGGAGGACGGCACUGACUCGUGUGUGUGGUGGCUUCGGCGUGCGCUCGCCCUCGUCGUCAUUGCAUGCCCCUGCGCGCUGAUCAUAGCGAUGCCGGUCACGAACGCGUGUGGGAUCUCCGCUGUUGCGCGCUGGGGCAUCGACUCCUCGCCGUUCGACAUGUGAGGCGCUUGGGCUCUGAGCAUAACACGGUUGCCACAGGCAUCCUCGUCAAGAGCCCGCAGCAGCUCGAACUGCUGGCACGCGUGUCGAGGCUCGCCUUCGACAAGACGGGCACGCUCACAGAGGGCCGCUUCCGCCUCCGCCAGGUCACGACCAAUGAGGCCAAUCCGCGCGCAACGCUCGCGGCCGUCAUUGAGGCAGCGGCCGCGGUCGAGAAGAGCUCGUCGCACCCCAUCGCCGCUGCAUUCCUCGAGUAUGCUGCGGAGCUUGGCGUCGACCCGCCGCCCGCGCCGCAGUUCACGUUGCUCGAGGGGGAGGGGCUUGUGGCCGUCGUCGACGGCGUCACGGUGGCAGCAGGCGGGCUGGACUAG